UCGAAAACAAUCAUGCAUAGACUUUUAAGUUUGGUUUUUCUUUCAGUCGCGCUGGCGCAAGAUUUGGUCGUCGAUCUUCCAGAUGGAACAAUCCGAGGAUCCGAAAUCACGUUCCAGAACAAGAGUUAUUACGCUUACAGGGGAAUUCCGUUUGCAACUCCUCCUCUCGGCAAACUGCGGUUUCAGGCUCCAUUACCUCCUGAACCGUGGGAUGGCAUCCUAGAGACCAACGAAACGAAAAGCUGUUGCAUAGCCAUGAUACCAUAUGGCCAGCAGAGUGAAGAUUGCUUAUAUCUUAAUGUAUACACGCCCGCAAGAAAGAUCACCGAGAAAUUACCCGUAAUGUUGUGGAUAUAUGGAGGUGGUUUCUUCAUUGGAUGUACGGAUGACGUUUCAGGCGGACCUUUUUAUCUCUUAGACGAAGACGUGAUAGUCGUGUACGUCAAUUAUAGGCUGGGGAUGUACGGGUUCCUAUCCACCGAAGACGACGUAGUUUUGGGCAACGCCGGACUGAAGGACCAGUUGUUGGCCAUGAAAUGGACAAAAAAUAAUAUCGCUCUUUUCGGUGGUGAUCCAGAAAAAAUAACGAUAUUCGGUGGAAGUGCAGGCGGUAUUUCAGUCGGGACGCAUAUUGUGAAUCCAAAAUCAGCCGGACUGUACAGGGCGGCAAUUUGCCAAAGCGGUUGUUCGCUCACUUAUAUAGAUUCUGUAAUUCAGGACAACGCCCGGCAAACAGCGUACGACUACGCAAAAUACGUAGAUCCGACAAUUACCGAACAAAACACGACCACGGAAAUUCGAGAUUUUUUACAAAGCCUGCCGACCGAGGUAUUGACUCCGGCAUUCUUCACCAAUAUUCGCACGGGUAUAUCCAUUGAAGUUGAACACGAAGAUGCUUACGUCACAAGCCACAGUUUUCCCCUACUAGAUUCUGGCAAUUUCAAUCAAGUUCCCCUAUUACUUGGAACUGCAUCAGCGGAAAUGCUUAGUUUGUUUAAUAUUGUGAAUGUCGAUAUAGCCGCAGCAUUUUUUGAUUGGGACGUGACCACCGUAAUACCUUCUGAUCUGCUACUAAAGCCGAGUAUCAACGCGACGGAAGUUGGGUCGAUAAUCAAGGACGCAUACGUUGGCCCGAAUGGAUCGUUUAGUGAAAAUUUCGGUGCAGUGGUAGAAAUAACCAGCGACCUGACGUUCGUCAAAUCAACGCUGAAACAGGCUGAAAUUCAUUCAAAUUUUACUCCCGUUUAUCUUUAUCAAUUUUCCUACCGAGGGUCUUUAAAUUCGCUUCCAAUCAUAGAAGGGGCGGGAAAAGCGAGCCACGGAGCAGAGAGCCUAUACCUCUUUAGCUCACUGUCAGAUCCGUCACUCACGGAUGGGGACAUCUUGAUCCGCAAGCAAAUUGUCAGACUCUGGACAAACUUCGCUAAAACAUUGAACCCUUCACCUGAUGCCACGGACCCAUUAUUGAAUCUGACGUGGCCUCAAGUUUCGCCAAACAAUAUACAGUACUUAGAUUUCGAUGAUCAGAUUGCAGUAAAGCCAAACAGAAAGGAAAGGCAAAUGGCCAUGUGGAAUGAUGUUUACUACACGUACGGCCAGCAGCCCUUCAUUGGAUUUUGAAAGUUUAAAUUUUAAUGUGAAAUUUCGAUAUAUAAGUUACCUAGACUGGUGAUAUUUUCCGUGUUUAAAUUUAAAUUGCGCAAAAUAAUGUAUACAGAAA